GUCACAUGAUUUUCACCUGACAUUUGCUAGCUUCUGCGAAAAAAAGUCUGUUGACGGCAAAUCCAGUGUUAUUGGAAGAAAUUUUCAUCCUCGUCGAGCAGCAGCGUAGAACAAAGCUAGCAAAAUGAAAAUUUGUGGUCCUAAGUGCUCCCUCUGCGGAUUAAUCAUCUCUGUUUGGGGUAUUGUGCAGUUGGUGCUCAUGGGUCUCUUCUUCUACAUCCACAGUGUGGCUUUGAUUGAGGAUUUGCCUCUUAAGGAGGAGUACGAUUCGUUGGAUGAAUUUUACACUGCUGCGAAUAGUGCAUACAAUCAGAACGCCUACAACUGCUGGAUUGCGGCGUGUAUCUACGUAAUCACACUGCUGCUCUCUGCCCAACAGUUCUACAUGAAUAGCAGAGUGACUGCCAACUAAAAAUCUGUGCUUCAACUUCAAACACUAUAUGGGCUGCUGAUCGUCGCACAACACAACAAUGAUCACAAGGAAGAGACCUAGCGGGGAGGAAACAACCAAUAACGACUUGUGCACUCAUCGACGAUGGCGAGCCAACGAACCACACUUAGUAUUGAAAAUGUUUUAUUUAAAGUUGAAGAAAAUUUGUUUAUUUACUGUAUAAUAUCCCCCCAAAGUUUUUGUUGCUAAUGUUUAAAAUGAAUUAAAUAUGAUAAUUAUUAAGUAAAAAGCUUCAUGUAUGUACGUACGUAAUACAAAUUGUUUGUUCAUAAUAAUCACAUUCCUUCCUCUUUGUUAGUUCAAUUACUCUUAUUUUAUUGGUCGUACUCGUUAAUUAAAUUGAAACCUACAAAAUGCCAUCAUCAAAUCUGUAUCAAAACGAUCUGCCUCCAGUAAAUGCAUCUCAAGCGUCAGUCAAUAUGUAUCUUAUUGUAUUUAUGAAUGUAUUCAGAAUUCAAUGUCAAAAGAAUGAAACAAUUCGUUAGCUUUGUAGUAGUCUAUUUUGGGAUGGUAAAUCGAAACAAAAUAAAUGUAAAAUAAACUUAAAUCAUUGGUGGCAUUCACGCUACUUAAUAUACGUCGAUAAAUAUAUAUUUUUCGUUUUCAA